AACGAUACCAAGAAAAGCAAUACAGGCACCAUGAGAACCAUGACUCUAACAGAUACAAGGAAGACAGAAGAGCGACAAAACCAUACCCAUUCAAUGCAAGUUUUAAAUCACUGGACAUACAGACUGAGAAUUGGUGGAAGGACUGUAAAGGCCAACAGACCGUCACUGUAUCCACUGGGGAGAGGGAAGUGGCAGCUACAAAUCUCUAAUAGCCAUGGAGAUCAACAGAAGAUGUCCGAGGUGGCCAUCAAUCAAGGACUUCCACUGUUUGCACAGACUCUUACUCUAAAACCUCAGGAACAGCGCAGGAAUACUUUGGCCCACCACCAGAACAUUAUCCUCCCAAGGAAACCUUCUCAAUGAAGUGUUCAAAGGUAUGCACAACAAGAGACUGUGCAUCUGCUUUAGUUUUUUGGUGUGUACUUCUCAGCUGAAUCUCUUUGGAGCCUCCACUUACAGCUCUAUGGGUCAUGUUGCAGAGCAGUCUCAGGAUGCAAGAACUAUAUUUCUUUCAGGCAUUUUGAAGUUCGUGGAAAUCACGGUUAACCUCCUGGUGCUGAUUUGUGUGGGUGCUGCCCAAGCCUCCGUUGCAGGUUUCACGUCCCUUGGUGGCUUAGGCACAGGAUCCUUUAACCUGAAUUCAGCCUAUAGCCCUUUUGAGGGCACGGAGCUCCGGGAGGUGAGGGAGCUAGACAUGCAGUUCACCCAGAUGAGAGCCCCUUGCGUGUAUGGAGGAGUAGCCUUCAGCUUAACAGCAGCAGCACUUACCCUCGUCUUCCUUGUUGUGGGGGCAAAACCCAUCCAGCAGCUCAGAAUGGGGCUGCUGGCAGCUGAAUGUGCCUUCAACCUGCUGGCUGGUGUGGCGUAUAUCACAGCUGUCGGCCUCUACCUGCAUUUUGUCAGCCAAGUGAAUUCCACAGAAGUUUGCAAGAGACGUGAGAGGCUGUAUGCGCGCCGUGGUUACACCUCCAUGAAUUGUGUGGUCCAGGGUGGCGACGCGGCCGUUGGCCUUUUUGGUGUUGCAGCUGCCUGUUUGUACUUUGCUAGCUUUGUGGUCUGUAUCCUUGCUAUCCGAACUGUCCGUGCCUUCCAGAGUCACACAGCCAAGGCUCAGCGCAGCCCCAAAAGCAAUAUUAGAGACAGGAGCAUCAGAAACCACCAUGCCAUCCACAGGACCUCUGAAAGCUCCCCCAAUGUCCAGGCUCUUGCCACAUUAGUGUGAAGUCAGUUCUGGGACUGUGCCAGAGAGCUGGAGCUUCAGCAACGGAUGGACAUGGUGUGUAGCAUGCUGAGCGGGUGACCAGUCUACAGUGUAUUGUCAUGUGAGGUGCUGAAGUGCAUUUUGAAUCACGAAAUCUAACAGUACUGCUAUGACAUGAUGUAAUAAAAUUGAUGUUGAGUGGAUGUUUUAACAAGGGGUUUUGCAUCAGACUCUCAAGCUGGACUUGUGCAUUUCAAAUGUGUUUGCUGAUUGUAAUGUUUUCAUCCUGCACAGAGCACAGUCAAACAGCAAUGGGCAGUUAACAUGUUGCAACCGCAGCGCUGCCAAACUUGUGCUAACAAGCACUUCACUUCCUUUCCCAUGAUAUAGGGAAUAGAAUACAGGGCUAGGAUGGACAGCCUUCAACAGAUCUUGUGCCUAUCGAUGCAUCCUAUUGCCUUAUGCCACACUGGUCACAAAGCAAAGGACAUUAGAUUGCUUUUCUGAAUCACAGCCAAAGCUACUCUUGUGAUGUGUUUCGCCUGGGGUAGUGAAGUGUUUUACCUUUUGAGUCACAGGGUUUGACACAUGCCAGUCAUGUGCUCUCUGGGGAAUGCUGCCAGGAGGAACUGGCUGCAAUUUCAAAGGCUGUGUCUGGUUCUGCCUUCCAUUCCCUACUCUGUUUUCCUCAUCUUAUUGAACAUGGAUGAGAACCUGAGAGACAGCACAUUGGUCAGCUAUUAGUCAACUUCGCAAAGAUACUGCCUGAUUCUGUAAUCACCUAAAUAAGGUGCCUAACUCCACAGCCAGUGCCUGAGUUGGGAACAUGCUGAGUACCCUGGAGUUUUCCAUGGGAAUCCUGUAACAAUGACAGAAAGUACACACGGCCUUCCAAUAUCAAAACACACAAAGCAUGAGUGAGCAGCAGUAAUUGUAUGCCCCCAGGGCUAAGAAAAUAAAUUCAAGAAGACAUCUUUCAAGAGGCCUUUGUUUGAGGCAGAUGAAAUAGAUCACUGGUCUUCAUAGAUGAGGGAGAGAUUAAAAAAAAGGCUGCUCUUGAAGUACAUAAGAUUUGUCAGCUUGAGAGAAGAGAGGAGGCAAUUUUGGUUCUGGCUGUGCUCGCUCUUUUCAAUUUUGUCUGGCUCCAAGUCAUUGUCCAGAUGAGGCUCUUUUGAACCAUAGCAGAGCUUGUUUAUGUACACUUCAUGUAUACACAUACACACAGAUUGCAAAGGAUUAUGUUUGAGGUAAUAUGAGCCAAAUAGGAAACCAUUAUGGUUCUGAUUAGAAGUGAUUACAUGAGCCUUUGCAAUAAGUAUCUGUUAUUUAUAUAAUGCCUUAAACAUCUCAUUAACAGUUCCAACAUCAACAAGCUUCAUAGCAUUAUGCUUAUGAAGAGGCAGGAGUGAAGAGUUUUUCCAAACUUGUUGUGACUCUCAGUAGAGUCAUGAAAAUAAGACUUCAAUUUCUAGCCCUUUGCACAAUCCCAGUCCUCCACUGCUAUGCUGUAAUGACUGGAAAGUCAGUUGUGGGGAUGUCUGGCAGGCAGCUAAAGCCACAGCUAACCGCUUUUUAGGCAUUUGUGCCCACACACUUGUUCCUGCGCUACCUUAUCUUGCACAGUUUGAAUGCAGGCUUAGUUACGUGAUGACAUGCUUUUUAGCUUAUACAAACAACAAAAAGCAGCGCCUUGAAGUGACACAUUCAAAAGACUAGAAAAGCUUGUAGAUAAGAAUGUGUAAAUCUUAACUCAGUCCUUAAAUACACGUGCAAUAUGAAUUUUAAUCUCUGAGCUUCGUAGUCUGCCCCAUUCAUUUUUGAAUGCUUGCCUGCCAUGAUUGUACAAUAGCAACAGUCCUCUG